AUGGCUGCUCAGCAACGACGCAAGCUCGUCGGCGGGUAUGACUGCGAAUUCGUGACUCAGCCACCCGACGCUUUUCAAACAGACUGCCCCAUUUGUCUGCAAAUCUUGAGAGAGCCGUGCCUCAUCAGUUGUCCCUGUGGACAAAAGAUCUGCCGCGAGUGCGUGGAGCAAAUCAAGGAAGACGACAAGCCGUGUCCGAUGUGUAACAAAACAGAUUUCACCCACAUCCGUGACUACGGACUGGAGAGAUAUCUGAAGGCCCAGGAGGUGUCGUGCUCACACAAGAACGACGGCUGUGAAUGGAGGGGGAAACUUGGAGAAUACGAACAGCACCUGAAUAGCAAUCCAUCUCAAGAUAACCAGCUGACUGGG